AUGUCAAGCAGAAGAAGAAGAAUUUCUAUUUCUUCCAUUAUUGGACCAAGAAUAGCUUACUACAAUCAUUGGCUAUUAAAAGGUACUUCCACAUCUCCAUCUCUAUUUGUUCUGUUUCGUUCUCUCUCGAACACCACCAAAAACCCUACUUCUCCUCCUCAAGGACGCGAACCUAAACCUAAAGCCUUACCCAAACAACCAUGCAAUUUGGGUCCCAAUCAUCUUCAUUCCGCUUUAAUUUCCUUCAAUCGCAUGCUCCGAAUGCGACCUUUGCCCACAAUUUCUCAAUUCAAUAAAGCUUUAGGCUCUAUUUUGAAAAUGGGUCAUUACGCCACUGCUCUUUCUCUUAUUCAGAACAAGUUGCAACGGUUCCAAGGCAUUCAGGUCAAUUUCUACACCUUUAACAUUGCUAUUAACUGUUACUGCCACCUUAAUCGAGCCGAUUUUGGGUUGUCUCUUUUGGGUACCCUCUUCAAACGCGGUUAUACAGCUGAUGUAACUACCUUCACAACUCUGAUUAAUGGGCUUAUUUUGCAAGAUAAAACUCCUCAAGCUGUGGAGUUAUUUAAGAAAUUAGUGAGAACUAGAGAAAUUGAACCCGACGUGGUUAUGUAUGGAACCAUUGUCAAUGCGCUCUGCAGGACGGGGAACACUAUCAGGGCUGUUAGUUUGCUUAGGAUAAUGGAAGAGGGAAGUUGUAAACCUAACACCGUAGUGUAUACCACGAUCAUUGACAGUCUUUGCAAGGAUAGAAUGGCAUUCAUCGAGAUGUUGUCACUUAUACCUCCUUGA